AUGAAUACAACAGCUAGCCAUUGUUUAUCAUGCGAGCGAUCGGACAAAGCCGAUAAUCUGGUUCAAUGCAACAAAUGUGAUGGACAGCAGUUGGCCAUUCUAGAAGAGCAGCUAGUAGAAGAAGAGAAUCGCAGCAUCAGGAGCAGAGUAAGCGCCACACAAGCUCGCGAUAACACUAGGAAAUGGGUCGAUGCGUCGGGUCGGACAGAUGGAGCAAACAACUCAGUAGCUACCACGUCGGCUCACAUCGUUCCCACAACGUCUACUAGUUCCCAACAGCAUCCAACAACCGCUUCAGAGGAGUAUAUCGAGGCUGCAACGGUCACCUCCGAGUGUGAUGUAGCGACACCGUUCGAACCCGUCGAAAACCAGACUACACCAGUGGCGAUCGUAACAGGGGCUGGGACCACAGCUGCUCCAGAAAUCCUACCGACCUGCCGGCCUGUUGAGGCCGAUUUCAACGCGUCGUCGACGGCAGUCCGAGUGCUAGGCGUGGACAAUGAGAGACGAUUUACCUCUACCACUUCAGGAGUACGACUUGAUGCGACCGUAUCCAAAACCGAACGAAUUGGUCCAGGACAGGGACCACCAACCGGAAUUGUUCCUUUAGUACACCAGCAGACGGUGGUACCAGUUUCUAUUGAAUCGCAGCGAGACCAUCAGACACGGAAUGAUACGGGAACCGCCCUGAACGACAAUCAUUUUGCCAUGACGUCACGCGCAGGAGGGCAAGGUAAAACCUCCAUCAAUACAGGUUGGUCAACAGCGAAUCAGGAAAGGGAGAGUAAAAAAUCGAAAGCAUAGCUUAACCUAAACGGACAAAACACAAAGAACACCAAAUGUAAG